AGGCGGCGUUCGUCGCUCCAGCUGCGAGUCCGCCCGCCGCCCGCCGCCGCCGGCUCGGUCCCUCGCCCGCCGCCCGCCGCCCGCCUUCGCCCGCCAUGGCCCGCCUAACGGAGAGCGAGGCGCGCCGGCAGCAGCAGCAGCUCCUGCAGCCGCGUCCCUCGCCUGUGGGCAGCAGCGGGCCCGAGCCCCCUGGGGGGCAGCCCGACGGCAUGAAGGACCUGGACGCCAUCAAGCUCUUCGUGGGCCAGAUCCCACGCAACCUGGACGAGAAGGACCUUAAGCCGCUCUUCGAGCAGUUCGGCCGCAUCUAUGAGCUCACGGUGCUCAAAGACCCCUACACGGGCAUGCACAAAGGCUGUGCCUUUCUCACCUACUGUGCCAGGGACUCUGCCAUCAAAGCUCAGACUGCCCUGCACGAACAGAAGACCUUGCCUGGGAUGGCACGGCCAAUCCAGGUGAAGCCUGCGGACAGCGAAAGCCGCGGAGGUAGGGACCGGAAGCUGUUUGUAGGGAUGCUGAACAAGCAGCAGUCGGAGGAGGACGUGCUGCGACUGUUCCAGCCCUUCGGGGUCAUCGACGAGUGCACGGUGCUCCGGGGACCUGAUGGCAGCAGCAAAGGCUGUGCCUUUGUGAAGUUCUCCUCCCACACGGAGGCUCAGGCGGCCAUCCACGCCCUGCAUGGCAGCCAGACCAUGCCGGGCGCCUCCUCCAGCCUGGUGGUCAAGUUUGCCGACACUGACAAGGAGCGAACACUACGACGCAUGCAGCAGAUGGUGGGCCAGCUGGGCAUCCUGACGCCGUCCCUCACCCUGCCCUUCAGCCCCUACAGCGCCUAUGCCCAGGCUCUCAUGCAGCAGCAGACAACGGUCCUGUCCACCUCGGGCAGCUACCUGAGCCCUGGCGUGGCCUUCUCACCCUGCCACAUCCAGCAGAUCGGCGCUGUUAGCCUUAAUGGGCUGCCUGCCACGCCCAUCACCCCUGCCUCUGGACUGCACUCACCCCCACUGCUCAGCACUGCCGCUGUGCCCAGCCUCGUGGCUCCCAUCACCAAUGGCUUCACAGGUGUUGUGCCCUUCCCUGGUGGGCACCCUGCCCUAGAGACUGUAUAUGCCAAUGGCAUCGUGCCCUACCCAGCUCAGAGCCCGACCAUGGCCGAGACCCUCCAUCCUGCCUUCUCGGGAGUCCAACAGUACACAGCCCCGCCCCACCCACUUCGGCGCCCACCGACCUCACGCCCACCUCCACUCCCGGUCUCUGCAGCCAUGUACCCCACCGCGGCCAUCACGCCCAUCGCGCACAGCGUCCCCCAGCCGCCGCCCCUCCUGCAGCAGCAGCAGCGAGAAGGUCCCGAAGGCUGUAACCUGUUUAUCUACCACCUCCCCCAGGAGUUUGGAGACACGGAGCUGACGCAGAUGUUCCUGCCCUUCGGCAAUAUCAUCUCCUCCAAGGUGUUUAUGGAUCGGGCCACCAACCAGAGCAAAUGUUUUGGCUUCGUGAGCUUUGACAACCCAGCCAGCGCGCAGACCGCCAUCCAGGCCAUGAAUGGCUUUCAGAUCGGCAUGAAGAGGCUGAAGGUGCAGCUGAAACGGCCCAGGGACCCGGGACACCCCUACUGACUGCCCACAGCCGCCCAGGCUGCGGGCUUGGCCCAGGUGAGCCGCCAGGCGGCCCCGCCCAUCCCAACCCUGCCCUCCCCAUCUUGUCCGCACCCCUCCCUGUUCUCCAAACCCUCCCCAGGCUGGGGGGUGCUGAAAGAGGCUAUAGGAGCCCCCAGGUUGGAUUGGUGGGGGAAGCUAAAUGAAGACACCCUAAUUCCUGCCGUGGAUGGGAGGGUGGGAUUGGGGUGGGGAGGUGCAGGAAGCCAGUGCUCACCAAGGGUGGUUAGUGAUCCUUCCUGGAGGAGGCUUUGAAAGAUGAAUACAAGUUUGCCGGGUUUGGUCUGGGGUGGGGUGUAUUGUGGGGAGGGCUUUUGUCCUGUCCUAUGACUCUCCCAGCUGGGCCCCUCUCAUAGCUCCUUAUUUGGUAUAAUUCAUACCCAGUGGGUUGAUAGGAAAGUGUGACUUUGCCCCUCCCACUGGCAUGCCAGGAAAAAAAUGUCCCCCCAAACAAAUUCCCAAGAGUGUAUUUUGCCAUCAGAGUGAACAACUUUAUCAACAAAUAAUCACCUUCUCUGAGGAAUGAACAGUGAGCCUAAGGGGCCAAUGAGGAAACUACUGACCUCAAGCCUCCGUGAGCUUCAUCUGUGAAAUGGGCUCAUAAAAGUCACCUCCCCCAGAGGCAGCAGGGAGGACUCACACAGGGAAUAUGGUAUUUUCCCAGCUGAGCCCAAGACCUACCACCUGGAAAGCUCUCAAUAAUUCCUUUUGGGUUUUUUUUCUAUCUUAAUCACCAGUGCCGCCGUCAUCAGAGAGCCUCGCCUGGGGCCUGGUGCAAAGUAGGUGCUCAGUUGGGGGCUGGUGAUACUUUUCAGACCCUGUCAGGUCAGCACCCACAGAUCUGAGGGUGUGCAGUCAGAGUCCUACAUCUUGGAGCACGCAUUUGGAAGUCCACCACCUGAAAGCCAACUCACAGGCAAUCCACACAGUUUUAACACGCUGAGACAGCACAUCCUUCCUGAGCACCUACUAUGCGCUAGGCACUGUUUCCAGCACUUGGGGAUCCAGCUGCGAAUGAACAGAAAUGGGGUGGAUGGGGGGCUGUGGAGGGGGAGAAACUGCUAUCCUGGGGCUUCAGUGGCAGGCAGCAGGGGAGAGGAGACACAAACAGGAAUAUUUGACCCCAAUCACCAGAUGAGGACACAGGCUUUGUGACCCUAAAUCCGUUCCAAGCCAGGUUUGUCAGCCUCCAAACCCCCAAGUGGAUUAUUUCUGAAAAGAUUAGGGGCUUUGGGGUCCCAGACCCCAGCCUGGCCAGGGCAAUGGGGCGGGUGGAAGGUGAAGUCAUCUGCCUAUGUGCCUCCCUUUGGCGCACCCUAACGCCCCUCCCUUCUCCGCCAGGUGAGGGGCCUUCCCACCCCAGGAGGGUUUCCCGCUUCCAACCGACCCAGGACUUUUCCGUAAAUUACAACCAAGUUUGGACACCAGCCCUCCCUCUCCUCUCCUGUCUCCCCUUGGCCCCUUCCCCCAAAUGUGAACUGCUACCGAAGGGGUGAGGGGUGGGGGAGCUCCUAAGUUGGGGGCCAAGGGGUUCACUGCCACCUCCUGGGAGAUUUCCUUGCUCCCCCCACACACACAACCUUGGUGGCUUCUCCAAACUAAAUCACAACUUUUCCUAUAUAUAUAUAUAUGCAUAUAUAUAUAGAGCUAUAGACAGUAUAUAUAUUUUUUGAGUAUAGAUCAUGGGACCAAACUUUUCCGACUUCCUUCCAUCCAAGAGAAGGUGACCCUGGGCGGGUCACUCAGCAGGGACAUAAGAAGGGCUGAGGCUGGCCGGGCAGCCCGGUGUCUCCCCCGCUCCUGGCUGUCAUGUCAGACCAGGGUGCCGGAGAAACACUGGGAGUCAUCAGCCAACCAAUAUACCUCCAGGACUUUGGCCGUCGAUUCUCAUGGGCCUGUGGGCUCAGCCGGCUUGAGUGUCCCUGCUCCUAGCUGCAGCUUCCAGAACCCCCCAACCCCAACCCCCUCCCUGUCCCAGGGCCUUGCCUUCCCAGGCACAGAAGAGAUACCCUGGCCUCCCCUAGCCUUUCCCCGCCCAAGUCAUAGCCUUACUCAUGUGACCAAUAGCCCUUAGCUUUCCGUCUGGGGCAGACAGGGUGGGGGAGCCCCCACCCCUUGCACCCCCUCCCAAGGGCAGGCAGCCAAACCUCCCUGCCUUCGGAUCACCAGCCUGGAAUUCACGAUCUCAUGACCAAGAUCGCCACGCUCGUUGGACAAGCCCAACCUGCACUGGCCAAGCACCCCUUUGCCGAAGAUACCUCUUCAAAGAAUUUUUUUUUUAAUGUUGGUCUUUCUGAGCAGGUACAAGAAGAAAAGAGAAAAAAAUAGGGGAAAAAAAUCAAACGAGAAUGGAUUUUUGUUUCCUAGCUGGGGCGGGGAGGGAGACCUUGUGGGGUGUCUGUGUAUAGCUACCCAAACCGUGAAAACCCACCUUGAAGCACAGAGUCAAGUUUGUUUGGACGUCCACUGGGGCCUCUCGCCAAAUGAGGCACCAAAGAACUUAAUAAGCUAAAAGAAAAAAAAAUUUUUAAGAGAAAAAAAAACAGCAUUCCCUUUUGUUUCUACCAAAAUGUGUUGACCGACCCAGAAAAAAAAAAAGAAGAAAAAAAACACUCAUAGCAAAAAAAAAAAAAAAAAAAAAAAAAAAAAAAAAAAAAAAAAGAAAAGCAAAAAAAUUCUUCUGACCAACUUGUUUCAAUAAUUGUUCUGAGACACUCUCUAGUGUGCCUGUGUCCCAUGCGUCUGCGUGUGCAAGCGUGUGCUCAGGGGCCAAGAGGGGGCCUCGUCUGUGUCCCCAGCACCCGCCAAGCUCUGGCCAGGUGGGGCGUGCAGUGGCGUGUGUCCUUUUGGUCCAUUGGUCCAUGUUUACUGGCUGUAAAUACCAUUUUUAUACUCCACAUUGAAGAUCUACGUGAUUUGUACAAUGUACUUUAUUUCUGCUACAAGUAAUUUCAUGAAGUUUCAACUUGCAAACCAACUUUUGGAAACAAACCGCCACACAACACACAUACACACACACACACACACACACACACACACACACACAAAAGAAAGACAAGAAAAGGACUUAGAAGAAACUUUGGGUUUACUUGGUUUGAAUUUCGUGGCUGGAGAGGGCCUUGUCACUGUGGCAUGUUUCAGGUGAGAAGCUGCAAGCAUCAUCUUUAUGUCCAAAAUGCCUCUCUUUGGUCUGGAGAAACUGAAAGUUUAUUUAAUAAAAGUUUUACUUGCUAAA